ACUCACACCCACUCUUCACCUACAAGCAAACAUGAGGGUUUAUCUGACUGCACUUACCAUUGCACUGGGUUGCAUUUAUUGGCGGGUCUCUGGGAAGCUAGUGGAGGUGGUGGUCAGACCUGGAGAUAAUGCAAUUCUACUUUGUGACCGUGAGAUUGUGGGAGGACAAGACACCCGUUGGGUCAAGAUCUGCUCUUCACAAAUCCAACCACCUCUGAUUGUUUCUGCACAACAGACACUUUUACUCCCAAUUUCUCGAUUCUCUGUGCUCUGGGACAAUAUUUCAAAAUCCUUUGACUUGAUGAUAGAGAAUAUCACUGAUGCAGACCUUGGAUUGUACUAUUGCUCAACGGUAGAGAAACAGAUUAUCGAACACGACAGACUAUCAUUUGAGAAGGAGGUGUAUCAUACUGGUGAUACUCUCACAAAGCUUACCUAUGCAAGUUCAGAUGAUAAUGAAUGUUCAGGUUCAUCUGAAACCCACCAUGACUCAGUCAGUGAGUGUUGGCAGUGUUGGUUGAUUCUGCUCACAGUGUGUCCAGCUUGUUCUCUUUUCUCAGCGUCACUGGCUUUUCUUUGUGGUAAGAGCUGCUACCACAAAAAAGUGUUUAAGAAGUCUAGAGGUCUUCCAAACACUUCUGAGAUGCAAAGUCAGGAACAGAUCCAGGAACAGGAUAACAUUGAAGAAGUUUGCUACACAUCACUGAACAUCCCUAAGCAAAGAAGCAAACUGAAGAGAAACAACCCAAUGCCAAAUGCUGAUAACAGUGUGUACAACGAUAUUAAAAUACCCUAAUAAGAAAUGUAGAACAAGGUAUUACAAAAAAACAGCAAUACAAGCCUGAUCACCUUCUGAAGUGUCUUUUGCAAUAACGCAUCCAGUUAUUACCUGUCUACUUGGCUUACAUGAACAUAAAAAUGGGAAAUAUUUAAGUUAUGUAAAAUAGUUUGUUGUGAGAGGAACGAGACAGUAAGGUAAUACACAUGAAUCUGCAACAGUUUAUAGAAAACAUUUGACUGACAUAUCUUAAAAUACAUCAGUGUCAUUGUUUUGUCUCAAAAUGCAUACAAUUAAUGUCUUUUUUGUAAGGAAUGUUUGUAAAAACUAUGUAAAUAUCCUAAUUUAACUAAGGCCUAGUCCUGUCUUAAUCUAAUCCCUGUCCGUGAAACCGCCCCACAGUGAAAUUACAGGGGGCAUAGUAAGAAAACAAUUUGUUUUGCUUGACAGUGUUAAGAAUAUAGAGCAUAGAGAACUUUAUUGUCAUUGUGCAAGCACAACAAAAUUGCACAUUGCAGCAUUUAGUCCCAACCUGAAUUAAAUAUAGGUCAUGUAGGUUGAUGUAAAAGUUGUCAGAGGAAACAAAGUGUUGUUUCGAAGUGGAACGGAAACAAAACAUGUGAAUAUGAAGAAACUGAAGGUCUUUGAUUCUCAAGCCUGUGUGAGAUUCACUUCUCGGUUUGAAAAUUGUUAUUG